AUAUUCCCAAUAUUGUCAUUCUUGUCGAGUAUUCACACUCUCAAGUACUGUGCCAAUAUGGCUUCAAAGGAGAGUAACCUCCCUGUGCUAUACGCCGAAUUAAAUAAAUUUGGGCAGAAUGGGGAAUAUGACAGAGCGUUAAAAACUGCGAAUAGAAUUCUGGGAAUUUCUCCUGAUGAAGAAAAGGCUUUUCACUGCAAAGUAAUAUGCAAUAUUCAACUAUCGAAGUUCAAUGAUGCCUUGCAGCUGAUAGUGAAAAAUCCCAAAUUAUCAGCGAAUCUGGAUUUUGAAAAAGCAUAUUGCUUGUAUCGGUUGAAUCAAGUUCCAGAAGCGUUGAAAAUUGUCGAUGGAGUUCAAAAUCAAUCUCUCAAGAUCAAGGAAUUGAAAGCCCAGAUCCUUUACCGGCUUGAAAAGUAUGAAGAUUGCUUUGCUGUUUAUCGUGAUAUUAUUAAGAAUACCAACGACGAUUAUGAAGAUGAAAGAGAGACUAACCUGGCUGCAGUUCUCUCUAAUUUGACGGCCCAAGGAUCGGAUCUGGAGGUUCCUUCUUUGCGAGAAGAUACAUACGAGUUGACUUACAAUGCUGCUCAUCGUUUGGUUGCUCAAGGCACCAACGGGGACAAAGCUGUACUUGCUGAAGCAGAAAAGAAAUUAAGAACUGCUGAAAAAAUGUGUAGAGAAGCGCUUGAAGAAGAUGGAGCUACAGAAGAAGACGUAGAAGAUGAAGUAGGCAUAAUAAAAGUCCAACUGGGUUACUGCUUGCAGCUUCAGGGACGUGAAAAAGAGGCUCAAGAAUUGUACUUAGCUGCUCUAAAAGCUAAGCCCGAUGAUGUUGCCCUGGUUGCGGUAGCAAGUAACAAUCUUGUCACUCUUAAUAAGGAUCAAAAUGUAUUCGACAGCAAAAAGAGGAUGCGAAAUGCUACCCAUGAAGGUUUAGAACAUAAACUCACAUCGAGGCAGAGAAAGAGUAUUGCCUACAAUCAAUGUCUCCUCACUAUGUACACUAAUCAAGGCGAGCAAUGUCAGCAGCUCUGUACAAAACUGGCACAGCAGUAUCCUGAUCUUGCUGGUGAUGCAUCUCUCGUGAAAACGUUACAACUCAGUAAAGAAGGAAAAGCUAAGAGUGCGGUCAAACUGCUGGAUGAACAUGCUAGGAAUGAGAAUUAUUUACCAAUGAAAUUAGCAGCUGUUCAACUGCUUCUUAGUUAUGACGAACGAAAAGAGGCGGUAAAUAUUUUAGAAAAUUUGAAUGAGAAGGACAGAUCAAUGCCUGGAAUAGUCAGUGCGUUGGUAACGCUCCACUUAGCUGAUAAUAAUCGAGAUAAAGCAUCUGCUGUUCUCAAGGAAGCAGUGAAUUGGUAUAAAAAAAAUAAGGAGAGUACCGGAGAUUUGGGAACCCUGUGGCGUCAGGCGGCAGAUUUCCAUUUACGAGGAGGGGAGGUCAGUGCAGCAGCCGCUAGUUUGGAAGCACUGUUGCAAGCAUCCCCCUCCGAUACCAAGACCCUGGCUCAGCUUGUCAUAGCCUAUGCACAGUUUGAUCCCACCAGAGCUCAAAAUCUAUCAAAACGCCUUCCACCGCUUCAUCACCUUGCCGAAACUAUUGACGUUGACGCUCUAGAGUCGAGCAACUGGGUAAUUGGAACAAAGGUGGUGAAACGUAAAGUGGAGCAGUCACCUGGGACGCCUGGAACUGACUUGACACAGAAAAAACGCAAACAACGUAAACGUAAAGGGAAGUUACCUAAGAAUUGCGACCCUAACGUACCUCCAGAUCCUGAAAGGUGGUUACCAAGACAUGAACGUAGUGGAUUCAGGAAAAAGAGAGACAGAAGAAACAGAGAUACUGCAAUGAAAGGAACUCAAGGAGCAGCAGCUGGUGCCAGUGAUCUAUACGAUAUAACCAAGAUGCCGGCGGCUGCCAAGCCUUCUCCAAAUCCUCGCCAGAGCCCUGCCGUCGAACCUGCUGGACCUAGACAGCAACAACGUAAAGUGCAACAGAAGAAAAAAAAGAAGGGUGGCAAGUGGUAAUAGCUGGAUUUGUAGGUACAAUCGCUAUUCAUAUUAUAUUGACCACGCUAACGAUCGCUUUUAUUUUAUUCUUUAUUUGGGAUGAAGGUAUGACCUUUUUUGGCAAUCAUUUAAUAACACCAUACCGGUAUAACCGUACUUGUAAAUUUUCAGUUCAGAUUUUGAGUUGAAUUUAAUCCAAUGAAUUUUGCAUCAAUAAUUAUAUUUGUAUAAUUGAUUAAUUUUUCAACUGGUCUAAAAUUCACUUAGCCAAGAAUGAAAGUAAAUCAAGUGGAAAGCUGUGGGGGAAUAAAAAGAAAUAAUAUUCACGUUUA